CCGACGAACAGGCACGCGGAGGGGGGAGGAAGGAGAGGAGAAGGGGAAGCGGGUCGAUGCCGAGCUGAACAGCAGCAGAGCCGGAGCCAUCUUGCACGGGGACAGCGCUCCGAUGAGCACUGGCGUUGGACAGCCCCGCGGACCGCCGAUUUUCCGUUUGCCGUUCGCGAGCUAAGUUGGCCCCGCCAUGCCCGUCGUUCGCCCAGGCGGCCUCCUCCAGCAUCUGCAAGGUCCAGCGUCUUCGAGCGCACCGCCAGCACCCCGUGCAGCCCCUUAGAGAGGUGCAGCGGCAGGCCUAGCCAGGUCUCUCCAGGGACUUAAGCCCCACCAAAACUCGUCCAUACGCUGCUCCGCGCUGAGCCCCCGGCCAUGGAGGCAGGCGCUACGAGAUAGACUAAGAAGAGACGGUCCCGGGCUAGCAAGGCUCCUUGCUCUAACAUGAUAAUGCACUACUGUGAAAGAUGAAAAACCUCAACAAGAUCUGGAUUGUCGCUUGCACAUUCCUGAUCCUGAUCACUAAAUACGCUACUUCUUCCCCACAACAUUCCAGUCCCCGGCCAUAUAAUGGCUCCUGUCCCGCUUCAUGUGUGUGCACCCACGAGGGCACUUUGCAUUUGGAGUGUCGGAACUCCACAACAUCUGCACUUUUCUUGCCUUCCCAGGCCAUUUCAAUAUCAUAUAAUUUCAUGACCCAUGACGACUUCCAGAAACCAGUAAUUAUAAGGGCAACAUCCGUUAGAUAUUUGUCAUGGCAAAACAGUCAAAUCACUGAAGUAACUUCUGAGCUCUUUGCAAAUCUUCAUAGCUUAAUACACCUAGAUCUCAGCAACAAUGCCAUAACAUCUAUGGAUGAAGGAGCUUUGCAGCAUUUAACUUCUCUCAAGUCACUAAAUUUAUCUUACAAUGCCUUAACUUUUCUUCCACAUGGGUUGUUCAUGAACAAUCACUAUGUAACUGAACUAUAUUUGGCAGAUAACUAUUUAUCAUCUAUCCCCUUCCAUGCGUUAGCUCCACUUAAAGACCUUUAUAGUUUAGACCUAUCCUUAAAUAGAAUAAAUGAAAUACAAGGUGAUGUAUUUGUGCUCAAUAGGCGAAUUAAUUCAAUAGGACUGCACAAUAAUCUUAUAUCAAGAUUAUCAAAUCUUUCAUUCAUUCACCUUUAUGAUCUCAAAUCACUUAACCUAGUCAAUAACUCUUUGACAGAAUUGCCAAGGAACUUGUUUAAAGACCUAACCAAAUUACAGUACUUAAAUUUGGCAAGUAAUUCACUGUAUAACUUGCAGUCCGAUGCCUUUAAGGGACUUACCCAGUUACGCUGGCUUAAUCUUAGUGACAAUCCUCUACAAUAUUUAGAAGUAAACCUAUUUCAAUAUACCCCUUUGAUAGAAACUUUAGGUGUUGACAUUACUGAUAUAGAGACAGUGCAUGAGAAUACCUUGCAAAUUUUGAGAAAUCUUAAUUCAUUAAGUAUGAAAAACAAUAUACAUUUAGAGAAAAUAGGGGAUGCAGUGUUUACGGGGUUAAAAAGAUUAAAAGAAAUUGACCUUAGUAGAAAUAAUUUAACUACUCUACCUAAUUCUUUGAGCAGCAUCACUAAUUUGACAAAUCUGGAUCUUAGUCAAAACCCUUGGAUGUGCGACUGCCGUAUGGUUUGGUUUCCAUCCUGGCUAGAGUCUAACAAAAACAUGAGUUUUAAAAGGUCAAAUCUGCGUUGUGCAAGCACCCUUUUCUCAUUAAGGGGUUUAAGUUUUGUGCCCACUUUAAGGGGUUUGGACUGUAAAAGACCAGAACUAAUUUCUAAAACUCCUGAAAACAAGUAUCUUUUAAAAUCAUCAGUCCUCCUUGAGUGCAUUUACUCUGGCUAUCCUCCACCCUCAAUAACAUGGGUUGCACCUUCAGGACUGACUUUCCACUACAAUCCCAACCCUGCAAUACCUGACGAAUUCAACAAGCAUCCACCUGCCCACUACCCAGACAUGACCCCUAUAGAAAAAGUACUGCCUAAAAUUCAUGUGAUGGAGAAUGGAAGUCUACUCGUCGCCAACAUCACACGGGCAGAUGCUGGUCUCUACACCUGUCAUGCAUCUAAUCCCAUGGCCAAUGCCACAUCACAUAUUCGUCUGAUGAUUGACCCCAUCACCAUGCAUGAAGAAAAGCUUAUCAGCAUAGCAGUCGGAAUCGCCACAGCAGCUUUCUUCCUGGGCUUCAGCCUUCUGAUCAAUCUCUUGAGACGCUUUAUUCAUAUAUUUGCAUGUUUUGCUUGCUGCAAGAAGGACCAAGUUUCUCCAAAAGGAAGGCAAGUCUAUCAGAUGCUUGAAAGUAUUGAGCAGUACAAGACUCAACAACUUGAUAAGUUAAAGGAGAAUUACACAAACCAGGUUCACAGAAUAAAAGAAAACUGUGCUCAGCAAGUAGAAUGGAUACGAGAGAGCUACCAGGGCCAGGUUCAACAUUUGAAAGAUUUCAGAGAUUUUGGGACUCAUCACUUGACAUCAAUGAGAGAUCAAUAUUGUGAUCAGAUAAAGAGAGUACGUGAAUACUCUGCUGGACAGUUGAACUGGGUUAAAGAAAACUAUGUGUUCCAAAGAAAUCGAAUAAGAAAGUUCAGUUCCCACCAAAUUCUGCGAUUCAGAGAAUCUUACAAAUACCAACAAGCGACUAUUGGAAAAUUAAUGGAGACACUGCCUAGUUUGUACCUGGACAACUGCAGAAGUGGAUCCUGCGGAAAGACUGAGUCUGGUGUCUUUGAAGUAGACUUCAAUAAUAUUGACAUCUACAUGAAGAAACAUAUGUAUCCCGGGAUGCUAAAUGGUGAGGGUUGCACAGCAGAUGACACAUUAAGUAGACUAUCUAUCUACUACACCCCAUCAGAGCAGUCAGAACUUCAAGAUCCAAGUAUGGAGCCCCUGAAGUCUCCAUAUUUUUCACCAAUGUCGCGUUCUUCCAGUAAGCAGCCCAACUUCCGCUUUGGAUUUCCACCCACCAGUGAUAACCAGCGAGCAGUGUUCCAGUGUUUAGAAAAGACUUUAGAGAGACAAUUACGUGAUUAUAUUAAUCGUGAACAUGAAGUGCGUGAAGCUCCACCCUCAGCACUUGUGCCCAGUUCAAGUCUUCCCGAAUUCAACCAGGCAGUUCCAAGCAAGGGGAAGGGUAAGAGCAAAGCACACAACCGAAGUGCAAGUGCCGGUGGAGUUAGGUCAAUCAAUGGCGAUACUAGCAUAUCAAGGCAAAUCCCAGGGAAACACAGCUUCAAGGGCAAGCCUGUGGACAACAAUGCCAGUGCUGGGGACUACUCGAAUCAGAAUGGCCAUGCUGUGGCCAUCCAUGAGAAACCCUCAGACAUUGAUUCAAACUCGUGCCGAAUUCAGAUGGACCAGGAACCUGAUAGCCCAUCAACACAGGCUGCCCAUGAGACUGCCCUGUAGCGUGUGCCAAUAACUUGAUUUAAAUUAAAUUCAGCUGUGAUAUAAUGAGCAUAUGGGUUUGUAUUAAAUGUGUGAAAAUACAAGUUUGUGAUUAUUAAAUCAAGUUAUUCCUUUAAAAAGAGAAUUCCUCCUGAAAGCUCAAAUACUGAGUAGAAGUCUGACCUGAUAAAUUACUAUUGUUAAAGUGGUAAGGGUUAAGAAAUUAAGUUUCAAUUUGUUAGAACUCUCUGUAUGAAAAGAUAAGACAAAUGAACACAGCAAUGGGGAAGUUAAUUGUUUCUCCAUUUUAGACAAAUACCUACUGUGCCUCAAACCAAUGGUACAAGUUUGCCACCUUUCAGACACUUUGCUGAGCCAGACAAGAUAGAAAAAUGCUUUCCUGUUGUAAAGCAGCAAAUAAGGUUGAACAUAGGGCAAAGGGCUCUAAAAACACAAGGUAGUUAUAAUUAUAAUUAGUGUUUGAUAAUUUCAUAUCUUCGAGUAUUCUAGAUGACUAGCUUUGUGAUACAAUAUGCUCUUGAGCCAAAUACUUGCUCUGCAAUUGGUGUUAAGCCUUUACCUUCUGAGCAAAGCAAGUGUUACCUAGCGUCUGCUUCCAUGUAGAAAAUUCUUAACUUGAAGUCUAAGAAAAGCUCAUAAUAUUGAGGUUUUGAUUGAAUAAAUUAGUAAUACAGAGAGCUAUUGUGAAAAUAGAUAGAAAUGUGUGUACCUGUUCCUGAGUGUCCAGCAAGACCAGAUAAGCUUAUCACUUCCAUUUAGUGAAUUAAGGACACUUAAAUUUUUGAAUUGAAGAUAGAUUAUAAUUUUUCUCAUGUUAUAUUUUAACGGAUUGUUAUAAUUAAUGACUUGUUGUCAUGUAGCUAUUCAAAGUAAGACUUGCCUUGUUAGCGGAAUCAGUGUAAAUUUUUGAUUGUAGUAAGAAAGACAUUUGAGGGAAAGUAUGAGAUAAGUGCUCUUUACUACAUAUAUCUGAGAUAGUAACUUGUUUGGUUCUAGGCUUAGUUAAAUGAGAUGUCUAAUCCUUUGCUAUGUUUUACCAGUAACUGAUAUUAAAUGAUUGACUUUAGUUUUUUAACAACUGAUCAGCAGAGUCACUAUAGUAAGAGGAAGUUGACUGUUUCCACUAUUAAUUAUAAUGUAGACAUGUGUGAUAAGAAUCAUGUUUGUUUAGGAAAGAAGUAUAUAUACGUUCAACUGCUGUCACAUUAAAUGUAAAUUCAAGCUUCAAUUAAACAAAGUAUUGUUAAAAUGUUGAAA